GGACUGUGACGGGUGUACGGCUCGAAGCAACGACUGACGGUUCAGUCUGCCACUUGACGUGCUUCGAGUCGCAACACAAAUACAAUCACAAUAAAUAGAAAAACAUGAGCUGCCCUUAUGCUAGCAAUUGCAAUGAUCAUGAUGAAUCAGCUUUACCAUUGACCACUGAGGUGGGCAAAAUCUAUGGCGAGUAUCUGAUGCUGGACAAGUUGUUGGAUGCACAGUGUAUGCUCUCCAAGGAGGACAAGAGACCCGUUCACGAUGAGCAUCUCUUUAUUAUAACGCAUCAGGCUUAUGAGCUGUGGUUCAAACAAAUCAUCUUUGAAUUCGACUCCAUACGCGACAUGCUCAAUCCGGAGGUCAUCGAUGAGACCAAAACCCUGGAAAUUGUCAAGCGAUUGAAUCGCGUUGUCCUUAUACUAAAGUUGCUGGUGGAUCAGGUGCCCAUAUUGGAGACAAUGACACCGCUGGACUUUAUGGACUUUCGCAAGUACCUGGCGCCUGCAUCGGGCUUUCAAUCGCUGCAGUUUCGCCUAAUGGAGAAUAAACUGGGUGUGCUCACCGAUCAGCGUGUGAAGUACAAUCAAAAGUACACGGAUGUCUUUGGCAACGAUGCACAAGCUCUCAAUGCGAUACGCAGCUCGGAGGAUGAGCCAUCGUUGCUGGAGCUGGUGCAGAGAUGGUUGGAGCGUACGCCGGGAUUAGAGGAGGAUGGUUUCAAUUUUUGGGCGAAAUUUCAACAGAGUGUCGAUCAGUUUUUGGCCGCACAAGUGCAGAGUGCUCUCUUGGAGCCCGUUGAGCGGGCCAAGAACUAUAGGCUCAUGGAUAUUGAGAAGCGUCGUGAGGUUUAUCGCUCCAUUUUCGAUCCAGCCGUACACGAGGCGAUGGUCAAGCGCGGUGAUCGUCGGUUCAGCCAUGGAGCUCUACAGGGCGCCAUCAUGAUCACCUUCUAUCGCGAUGAGCCUCGUUUCAGUCAGCCUCAUCAGCUGCUCACUUUGCUCAUGGACAUUGACUCGCUGAUCACCAAGUGGCGCUAUAAUCAUGUGAUCAUGGUGCAACGCAUGAUCGGUUCACAGCAACUGGGAACUGGCGGCUCUUCCGGCUAUCAAUAUCUACGCUCUACACUCAGUGAUCGCUAUAAAGUAUUUCUCGAUCUGUUCAAUCUGUCAACGUUUUUGAUACCUCGCGAGGCCAUUCCCCCCUUGGACGAGUCUAUACGUAGCAAGCUGAUUCACAAAAGCACCUGAGAAUCAGAUCUUCUGCAGAUUUGGAGUUCUGAAGAUCAAUAGAAAAAUUUUUUAGCUUAAAUUUCAGUCGAAUAAAACAAAUUAAAACUAA